UCCUCCCGGGCCGGGCUGCACGCUCCGGGCUCCGGGGCCGAGAGCCUCGGCCCCUGCUCGCCGCCGCUGGCCCCUGCCCCGGAGUAGCCGCGCGCCAGCGGAGUCCCGCGCGGAGCCACAUAAUGGCUUAUUCUGAGGAGCAAGGAGGUGUCCCCUGUGGUUUCAUCCGUCAGAAUUCCAGCAACUCCGUUUCCUUGGACUUUGAGCCCAACACAGAGUAUCGGUUCGUAGAGCAGUUAGAAGAGCGCUACAAAUGUGCCUUCUGCCACUCUGUGCUUCACAACCCCCACCAGACGGGCUGUGGGCACCGCUUCUGCCAGCACUGCAUCCUGUCCCUGAGAGAAUUAAAUGCAGUCCCACUCUGCCCUGUAGAUAAGGAGGUUAUCAAAUCUCAGGAGGUGUUUAAAGACAAUUGCUGCAAAAGGGAAGUCCUCAAUUUGUAUGUAUAUUGCAAAAAUGCUCCUGGAUGUAAUGCCAAGAUUAUUCUGGGACGAUACCAGGACCACCUUCAGCAGUGCCUAUUCCAAGCUGUGCAGUGUUCUAACGAGCACUGUCAGGAAUCAGUCCUUCGGAAAAAUCUGAAAGAGCAUUUGAGUGCAUACUGCCAGUUUCGAGAGGAAAAAUGCCUUUAUUGCAAAAAGGACGUGGUAGUAAUCAAUCUACAGAAUCACGAGGAAAACAUGUGUCCCGAGUACCCAGUAUCUUGUCCCAACAAGUGUUUGCAGAUUAUUCCAAGAACUGAGGUGGAUGAGCACCUUGCUGUGUGUCCUGAAGCUGAACAAGACUGCCCUUUUAAGCAGUACGGCUGUCCUGUCAAGGAUAAGCGGGGGAACCUUCAGGAGCAUGAGCAUUCAGCCUUACGGGACCACAUGCUCCUGGUUUUAGAAAAGAAUCUCCAAUUAGAAAAACAGAUUUCUGACUUACAUAGGAGCCUAGAACGGAAAGAAAGUAAAAUUCAGCAGCUAACGGAAACGGUAAAUAAAUUCGAAAAGGAGUUCAAGCAGUUUGCACAGCUGUUUGGCAAAAAUGGAAGCUUCCUCUCAAACAUCCAGCUUCUUGCGAGUCACCUUGACAAGUCCGCUUGGCUAGAAGCUCAAGUGCGCCAGUUACUACAAAUGGCUAACCAGCAAGAAACUAAAUUUGACCUGAGGGCUUUGAUGGAAGCAAUUGACACAGUGAAACAGAAAAUUACCCUGCUAGAAACCCAUGAUCAAAGAAUAGUUGUUUUGGAAGGAGAGACUAACAAACAUGAUGUCCACAUUAAUAUUCAUAAAGCACAGCUGAAUAAAAAUGAAGAACGAUUUAAACUGCUAGAAGGUGCCUGCUAUAAUGGAAAGCUCAUCUGGAAGGUGACAGACUACAAGAUGAAAAAGAGGGAGGCGCUGGAAGGGCACACGGUAUCCAUCUUCAGCCAGCCUUUCUACACCAGCCGGUGUGGCUACCGGCUCUGUGCUAGAGCAUACCUGAAUGGGGACGGGUCCGGGAAGGGGACGCACCUGUCGCUGUACUUUGUGGUGAUGCGAGGGGAGUUUGACUCACUGUUGCAGUGGCCAUUCAGGCAGAGGGUGACCCUGAUGCUUUUGGACCAGAGUGGCAAAAAGAACCAUAUCAUGGAGACCUUCAAGGCUGACCCCAAUAGCAGCAGCUUUAAAAGACCUGAUGGGGAGAUGAACAUUGCCUCUGGCUGUCCCCGCUUUGUGGCUCAUUCCACUUUGGAGAAUGCCAAGAAUACCUACAUUAAAGAUGACACCCUCUUCCUGAAAGUGGCUGUGGAUUUAACUGACCUGGAGGAUCUCUAGCCACUGUUUCUAGGGUGACAAAAGGACUUCUUGGGUCCAGAACCAUGGAGGAGACACCUUUUAUUAUCAUAUUGACUGAAUUUAGACUCAGUGCACAUUUGUAUUUGGCUUUUUGCCCUCAAUAUUUGAAGUCAGUUAAAGCUUCUUAAGUGCCGUCUUGUUUUUACAUUUUACUCUGUCCCAGUUUGAAACUUAAAACAUUUAGAAUAUCCUCGUGUUAUUUAUAUUUUUAUAUCUCUUAAAAGAUGUUAAAUUUCUUGAAA